AUGGUGUCGCUCCGCCAAACUCACUCUCACAUUUCAGGUUGGAAUCCCAUCAAUGGGAUCUAUGAGAGGCCGGCCGAGAAUCGGGCCCAUAAGAAGUCCGAUACGGCGUAUGGCCAUCAAAACGCCCUUGAUGAGGAACCAAUCGAUCCAGGCUUUGAAGAAAAGUACUUUGAUCACUAUGGUUAUCUAAACUACGUCAACAGCCCACACAAGGAAAAGCCUACUAAUACUACUACCCACGAACAGGAAGACACCACAUCUUCCAAUAGCAUCCUAGAACGCACUCCCAAACAACUCAAAAACUCACACGCAUACCUCAGCCGUGAAACAGACGAACCAACAGACCUUUGGGAGCACGAUGCAGUCUUCACGCAACAUGCGACAUCUAGCAAAAAGCUAUGGAAGCCAUACACCGCCGAAGAAGACGCAUGGCUCGACCUCUUCCACGCCAAGAUACGCAGCGCAAUCGAAGCUGGAGCGGUGAUCAGGAUUCCAGGACCUAUCACCGUCUUGGAAGCCUUCAACGCUUUUUUCAAAAACAAAUAUUCGGUAGAAGAAGAAGAAGAUGGGGUGAUUGCUGGAGAUAGUGAGUGGAUGCCGCGUACUUUUGGUUCGAUGCACAGGAAGUUGCGGUGGGGGGGGGGGAAGUAA